AUGUCGAAAACCGCCUCGAUCCCACAGUCGGCUCGAGUGCAGAAAGUCUGCACCCUGUGGACUCACGACGACAACCUCUCAAGGGAUGAGAUCGUUUUCAAUGGUGAGAAGUUCCCUGAGCUACCCACUAAUGCCGGUGCGCUCCUUCAGAUCGUGGCGAUACAUACAGAUAAUGCUGUUCGAGACUUUCACACGGGACCCAAAAGCACAUCGGGAGAUGCGACGCAAUCCAAGACCGAUACAUUGCAUAAGGAUGCGAAUAUAGAUCUUCAUCCGAAGAGACAUCGUCGGGAUUCGAUAACAAUAACCAUUGAUGAGAAUGGUUCAACCAUCCCGGAGGGUCGCCAAAUCGAUGCGGACAAGGCCUAUGUGUUUGUCCCCAAAGCGCUCCCUGCGAAUUUAGAGUCGAAGUAUCCAAACCUUCAAGUUUCUUUGUCCGAGAGAAUUGCUAGGGUGUUCGGGUUCCGCAAUAGGAUGCAAGUCGUAGUGACUGAGGCUGAUGAGGAUACGUACGAAGCUCAUCAUGUGGAAAUCGUUUUCCGUGAUGAGUAUCUCGCACGCGCAGAUAUGUGGCGUAUGGCGAUCGCCGAACUCAGCAAGCGAACGGUCUACCGAGGCCAAAGGCUGCUUUUCAUGGGUACCAUCAAAGCCACGAUCAAACACAUAUAUAUUAAUGGUCAGUCCGUUCAUUCCGGCUACUUCUCGCCCAAAUCGAAACCUAUAUUUCGCAGCGAAUCAGCACGAUACACGCUGUUCAUCCAGAUGUCCAGAGAAAUGUGGGAUUUCGAUACUGAAGGCGCCGGUGAGAUCAUGUUCAACAAGGUUGUAAGCGGAUUCCUUCCAGACUUGUUCAAGAGAUGGUUGAGAAUAAAUGCGCGACAUUUGGUUACCAUCAUCCUGUUUACAAGAAUGCAAUACGAUGGGGAGCCUCUGGCCGAUCGCCCCGAAGGGACCACAAGCAACACUUACACUGAGUCGCAUUCGGGCACUUUCAGAGAUUACUACAGAGUCGUUGUGAGCGAUAUGGCCAGCGGCGAUUGGAUCAACAUUCUCUAUCAACUGAAGAAGGAGUUUAGAAUGUUUCUCCGGGAAGUUUCCCUAGUCCGUAAGCCUGUAAAGCACGUCACCAUCAAUGAGGACCUAGGAUCUGAAGACUCGGCUACUGAUAUUGUCGUAGCUGGUCGACCUUCUUCCGCAAGCCAAGGCAACAUCCUGGAGGCUAUUAAUCUGGCUGCGGCUCAAUUUGCUAGGGACUACAUCGAUCGCGACCUUGUCCGCACGGGCAUCUCAGUCAUUGUUGUUACUCCGGGUACUGGUGUUUUUGAGGUUGACUACAACAUGCUCAAAUUGACUACGGAUACUUUGAUUGGAUCAGGCAUCGGUAUUGAUCUAGUGUGUCUCUCACCAAUGCCUCUUCACUCCGUGCCUUUGUUCAAGUACCAAACGCCUCGUUCGGUAUCCGACUUGAAAGCUGAGCAGGACAAGGAACAGCAUGCUGCUGCGAGAAUGGCGCGGACAGAAGAGGACAAGACUCCCCGUCAGAGCCACCCAGACUUUGGCUCUAUGUCACGCGCAUCCACCGUACGACACAUACCGAUAGACGUGUCUACCGACUCAUCGGACGGAUGGAGGUUCGCAAUGCCGUAUUGGGUCGACGUCUCUUUCUGGUCUGGAACAUCUGAAGAGAUAUUAGAACUUACAAAGCCACGGAAGGCUGAUAAAAUUGUGAAGAAGUCACGCAAAAAAGGUCGCAUCUUUUCUCUACGGUGCCGAUUGUACGAGCUGCAGAUGAUGGGUGUCAUGGAGAAUGAACUGGGUGACAUUGCAAUUCCUUACUUAGAAGAGGACCCGAUGUACCCACAUCAUUUGCGCAAGUUGUUUGAACCGGAUGAGGAAGAUCAGCAAAUCCCACCAGUAUCCAAGCCUUCCGCAAUUGUGGCAGGCUCGUACUCUUCGCGGGGCGACAAAGAAUACAAUGACGAUCAACUGGACGAAACCAGAGCUGCCCAAAAGGCCUGGAUGGAGGCAUACGACGGUGGAGUCUUUUCUCCUCUUAUGGAGAGGCACUCUCCGUCAGACCAACUUCAGGCUCAUAAGCGAAGGCUAAGUGAUGAGAUUAUCAGCGGGUCUCCGGAGCUAUCACGAAGUCUACGAUUGUCUUCUUCAUUCCGUAGCACGGUUCCGUCAUUUGGAAAGACAGCUCGACCUCCACCAGAAACAAAUUUUCCGCAGCUUACGCGUGAGGGAUCGAGAGAAGUCGAAAGCCAAUCUCCGCGAGGCAACACCUAUCGUAUGCCAGAUUCCAAAGGCGAAGGCGUGCCGCGAGCCGAUGUCUUGCGGCGGCAGAACAAUUUGACUAGAGAUGAUUCUAGGACUGGGCGCCCUGUGGUGCACAAGAGAGGUAGUUCUGGAGACUCCCAGGACCAUCAAACUAUGAUUCCCACCCAGGGACAUUCUCCAGCUCCUAAUCGUGGGUCAUCUCCUCCAAGGCGAGCUGGGCUCUUGCCUCUGGCUAGCGCCGGGACGUCAGCACCAACUAAAACAGAACUGAAGAGUAGGCCUUCAAAUUGGUUCCUAAGGCAGAUGAGUUUUGGUGGAAAGGCUGCUCCGGCGAAGCCAACUCUUGGCGAUGCCACCAUUGAUCUCAGUCAGGGCAAAGUGAAGCCUGCAAUGCUGACCGUUGAGAAGAAUCAGAAGGGCGCCAUUGCUGAAAGGUUGGCGAGCACUCGUCAUACUUCUACAGGAAAGCCAUCACAACCGAUUGCGAUAAAACCUGCAUCGCGCGCAGGUCCUACGUCAGCUGAAUCUCUCGCCUCCGACCGUGCAAGCCGCUCAGUUGAGACCGUGAGAGGGGCGCGAUCCAAUCGGUCCAAUGUACCUUCGCAGCCUGGUUCAGUUGUGAGGGAUCCUGGAUCAACGUUUCUACUUGCAGGAGCGCGAGGUGCAGGUGAGCACGCUGGACCAAAACCAGACCUUUCUUCUAGUGGAGGCGCUAGAGAAGCUCCCCGAACUUUGUCUCCAACAAGCGCGAUCGCCCCUUGGGCAGUCUUGGUCAACCCAUGUAACCCGAAGAAAAAUGUCAUAAGCUCCAAGAACCAGUAUCGGCGCUGGCAUCAUGUUUUUCCUAGAACCUUGAGGACAGGUACCGUAAAGUGGAGGUCGUUGUGUUCACCUGCUGCAGUGCCGUUGACUCACGAGUGGUUUCCUUCCGUUGAUCAAAUAGCAUCAGAGUACAACGAAAGUCCGUACAAGAUCACGCAGAAUGAGGAUGACGACAUCCUGGAAGCACCAAAGAGCCGAGAGUCUCUCAUCAAAGAGCUAAUUGCUUUCCGCCUCUCACACGGGUUCCAAAUCAUCGUGGGCUCUUCCGUGGCGGAGUUUUCAGGCCGACAAGAGAAAACUCUCGCCAGCAUCCUUGAUCCUGAGUACAUGUCUAGUGAUGGAGACACUGUUUUUAUGAGCGUUGGAAACAGCAUCCAUCAGCUGGUGUGUGUAGCUGGAGGAGAAGUAGAGGUAAGAAGAUACAACAGGAAGCCCACUACAGCACUGGAGUCAUCCGCUGGCGUUGACACGCCUUUUCCAUACAAACCUUUUAUCCGUACUGCGUUCGAGGAUACCUAUGACCCUCGAGAAGUUGUGUUGCGUCCACCACGAAGAGAAUACAACUGGAACAUCAUUGACACCUUCUUGGCUGGGUAUCAUGACGAGUUUUCAGAGGUAUUACGCUUCUGGAGAGCUCGCUUUGUCCUGAUUCCAGUCGAUAUACCAGCCAUGCAUCGGAGACCGUUGCCUAUGCAAGACUCGCCAGAGGAGAUCAGGCUCGAAGGCAUUCGCAAGCUUACUCAACUAUGGCAGAAGUUCCGCUACAUUCCCCCAGAAGAGCGCUACUUCCAGCCGGCAACUGCCUUUAAACAAAAGGACCCAAACCCGCUUGCAAUUGAGUAUCACACACGCGAUCCUUCGGCGGUCGUUGCGGCUGGUCCAGAUCACUCUUUGCUCAACGACACCGACAGUGAAUUUCAAACUUCUAUCUUUUCCGAUGCAGAAAAGUACCAUACAUCUAAUAUAGACAUCAGAAAGCUUGCAGAAGAUUUACAAGGCGAAAAGGGGAUUCAAAUGCUUGAUCGUCGAUGGCAUCUAAAGUUGCACUACAACUGUUUCCUGGGUUUUGACCUCACCAACUGGCUGCUUUCGAAUUUCAAGGAUAUCGAAACCCGAGAUGAGGCGGUAGAUUUUGGUAACGAGCUCAUGAAAAAAGGCCUCUUCCAGCACGUACAAGGGCGGCAUCAGUUCCGUGAUGGUAACUUCUUUUUCCAGAUCGCAGCAGAGUACAGGGCUCCCCGGGCGGAAUCACGAACAGGGUGGUUUGGUAUGCGCAAGGCAGACAAGUCUGUUCCUUCCACGCCGCUGGCGGAGGCGCCUCGCACGUCACCUCUGAUGCCGAAGAAUAUCAAGCCACGUCCAGGUACUGCCGAUUCUUCAUCUAACAGCUCUGGCUCCCUCGAAGAGGGAGAAAAGACACCGACACGCGACGAACCAAAUAAGCGAAAAGUCAUCAUGUCACGCGUUAUGCGCUAUGAUGUGGACCCUAGAAAGCGUUCCUAUCGACCUGAGAUUAUUUCACUACACUAUGAUCGAUUGCAUAAUCCCGACAACUGCUACCACAUCCGCAUUGAUUGGAUGAAUGUUACCGCGAAACUUAUCGAAGAUGCCAUCGUUACUUGGGCUACGAGCGUAGAGAAGUACGGCUUGAAACUGGUGGAGGUGCCCAUCGCGGAGGUAGCGGACAUCAUUGAUCACCAUCCAUUCCGUUCGCCGUAUGCAGUUAAGCUUGCACUACAGCCUCCUCAAGCUCAGCCUGAGGCGAUGUGGGACUCGGCAAGCUUUUCUCCCCAAUACCCGAAGGCAGACAAAUUUGCUUAUCACAAGCUCCUACUUCGAAGACUCAACUUUGUUCUGGAUAUGGAGGCUGCGAGUGCCUUUCCGCCUGACGUUGAAGUUACAUAUUCCUGGGGUACGCCCGACUACAAGUAUACACAGUUUAUUCACAAGGGUGGAGGCGUGCUUGCUCAGAUUACUGACGAUGGCAACUUCCUUCUGCUAGCAAAUAGGCUUGCGCACAACCGUGCCAAAGACCAGAGUAGGAUUCGGCCUGUGGAUCCCUAUGAGCACAAGAGAGCAACCACAGAUGGUAGCCAAAGCAGUCGUUUACCGUCGACACCUGCAGUAGAGCGCGGGAACCCGCACCGCAGUCCCUUUGCAAGUCCUUUGGCACGACCAGUUCAAGACGCCAGUCUCCUCCAUACUGCGCUCACAUUCCACGACUCGAGGUCAUCAGCAGCGACUACUCCAGCCCUUGCAUCCAGUAUAUCCCUCACUCCCGAACAAGUCAAAGAUGAAGUUGAAGCUUUUUGUUGUAAGGCCUCGCUUCUCUCCACUUUCUACGCCGAAGCUUUCCGCCAUGCUCCCUCUCCUUCUCCACGGAUCUUACCAGUAGGGGAAGACAAGAUACCAAGCUUGGGACUACCGCCAGCGAUUAGCAUUAGGGAUGCUAGCCCAACGACUGGAGGCUGGACACUAAGUAGCACAUUUGGAGGGCCUAGUGGUAUAGCUGGUCGAAGGCAGGGUAGUGAGGGAAGCAUGUAUAGCCUGGGGAAAAGAGGCAGUGUGGUCGAGGGCAUGGAGGGAGCGCCGAGGCGACAGAAUAGUCAGGGAAGUGCUGGAACUGGAAUAUAG